CCGCGAUGGGAUUUCGUUUAAAGUUUUAAGGUUUUCGUGACCUCAUCGCGCGGUGGGAAAGAUUCGAUUAAAAAUUGCUAUUCACUCGCAGUGCACUGGACAGGUGCGACUACCAGCAAGAUACUCGUGGAAGUCACAUAUAAUGAGUGCGUUGACUAGGACAGUGCUCAGGAGGACGCUUCUGGUCCCGCUGGGUGCGCGGUCAAGUCUGAAAGGCGCUUGUCAAGUCGGAAAUCUCCAACCGCUGAUAUCGUCAGUCUCCCAGCCUCGAGGCUCCGUUCGGCCGCUAUCGUCGCUAUUCGGCAACCUCAUUUCGAAAUCAAAGAAACCACCAUCAGAGGCAGAGAAGGAUGACGAUGACGACGAUAUCAUGGGCGAGAUCAAUUCCGCCUUUUCCCCCGAGCAGCUCAAGGCAUUCGAAAGGGAAGAACAACCAAAGAGUAUAUAUGACGACGGAAACAGCCCAUACGAAAUCACAACAGACAAGGCGGAUCCGGAGUUUCCGACCGAGGAGGAGAUCGCAAACGCAAAUGUGCCAAAGGGAUUAGAGACUUAUUUCCUACGGGCUACCUGCACGUCCUGCGGGACUCGGACAGCGCACUUUAUUGCGCAGCACGCGUAUCACCAGGGGACGAUUAUCCUAUACUGUAAAAAUGUUGCAUGUUCCCGCUUUAGUAUCUUUAUCGAUAAUCUUGGCAUCUUCCCUGAGCGAGAAGAAAGAGAGUACGCGCUGGAAGAAGUCAUGACCGAAACAGCAGAGGCUAUAGCGCAAGGCAACCGGGGCUUUACUCGUGAUUUGGUCGUCGAAAUCAGACCACCUGGUCCGAUGGCACCUGAGGAGUUUGACGAGUACGUGCAGGAAAUGGAGCAGGAGGAGUUGAAGCGUGCGGCAAGGCGGGAGGCGCGGGAGAGAGAGCUCAGCGGCGAGGCGCAGGAGGAAAUUUCGGAGGAGACGGAGGAAAAUUUGGAGGAGAUGGAGGGAUUGUCGGAUGAGAUGGAGGGAUCUCUUGAUCAAAUGGAGGCGUAUCCUAUUCAAAUGGAGGGAUUUGCGAGUGAGUUUGAGGGAGUUCCGAUGGAAGAAUUCGCGGAUCAGGCAGAGGCAUCGUCAAACGAAGCUGCCGCUGAAGACAAUGCGUCAGAGCUAGUGGAUGAGACUGCCGAAAUUGACGAAAGCCUCGCGGGCAAGAUAUUCGAGACCGGUGCAAUCGAUGAAGAGAUGUUAUCCGAGCUCCUGCACGGCAACGUAUUUGAGACCUAUGCACCCGACGACGAAGAUGUGAUUGAAGAGUUCUUAGCCGGUUUCGAAGGAAGCGACAGAGAAGCCUUGCGCCUCAAAAUUGAAGAGAUCUUCAACGGAAAAGUGGAGGAAGAUGUCUAUGACGACCUCAACGACGGAUGGAAUAUGGACGGCAUCGACGACAUCGCAGAGGGUUCGGAGAAGCUCUUUCUACAAGAUGAAUCUGGCAACGCUGGGUCUCAAGAACCGCUCUUUGACUUCAAGUCGCCAACUGCGGUUGCCGAUUUGAGGAAAUUGACGCCGGAGCAGACUGCGGCGGUGUUUAGAAUCGAGCUGGAGAAAUAUAAAGCUCGCAAAGGGCUUUAGGCUCGCUGGGUUUAUGCUUGUCUGUCACAGUUCACCAAUCCCUUCAUUCAAACAUAAUAUACUACCACCUCAACGGCCACAUAAAUACAUACAAGCACCCCCCUCCCAUACUCAUGGUUUCCAAACAUUCAACAACUCUCGCAAUAAUUCAAAUUCGGUCAUCCCACUUCCCUGGUUUCUCAUUUCUCAAAUUUGCGCACUUCGAAUGCAAACUGUGCGGCUUGGAGAAGAUAUAUGCUAGGAUCGUCAGCGAUAUGCGAGGUCUCGUAGAGCGUCUUCAGAGCGCGGAUGACUAAAGCAGUAGUUGUUAGUAAUCAUGUUACCUUAAUGGAUGUUGUUUUGAGACAGAAACAAGGAAUUCAACUCACCCUUCAGGUAGUGCGCAUCGAAU